AAAUAAGGAGCGUGACCUCAUUUUCUUUCUUCAUAGAGAGGAAGUAAACAGAGAAGAGAGUGAGAGUGAGAAUCGUGUGCAUUCUUCUCUUCUUUUUCGUUAUUGCUUUCUCUUUGAACAGUAGAACCUAUUCUAUUUGCUGCUCCCCUUCUUUAAAAUUAACAUCCUUCUUUCUUCUGAUUCUUCGCAGCCACUUACAGAGCCAAACCCCACUCCUCCCCCCCUCUUUUUUCUUUCCCUUUCUCUUCUGCCAAACAAAACCUUAAUUCGGGGAAUAAAAGAGAGGGAAUAGAAAAAUGCAAUUCAUCCUCGUUGCUUUCUGAUUUUCUCAUUAGUUUCCUUUUUCUCACUCUCUAACAAGAAUCAAAGAGAACCCCUGCUUUUUUAUUUUUCUUAUUAGCAUUUAAAAAACUCCCAUUCUGGUUCUUGACGUUCUGCUUUAUUUUCUUUCAUCUUCUCUGAUUUUCUUUUCCGGGUUCAUCUGCUAUUUCACUAGCAAUGAGUCUGCAACACCUAAGGGGUGAUCGUAACGUUUUCAAUGGGUAUCGAAAUAUAAACUUUAUGCUCCCUCCUCCUAUCUCUCAACUUUCUCACUCCAACACUUCUGAAAUGGAGUUCCAGAUUUUGAGCCCGUCACUAGAAAAUAGUAGGAAACCAUUGGGUUUUCAGCUAUUAGAAAGCAUAGGUACAGAAAGAGCCGAUGAUGAGAGAACAGGGCUGUCUUUGAAAUUUGGUGAGGAAGAGGAAAGCAACAGUUCUGCUGCUGGGAAAAGUGGGCACACCAAACUUUGUGCCAGAGGCCAUUGGAGGCCUGCUGAAGAUGCCAAGCUCAAAGAGCUUGUAUCCCAAUUUGGUCCUCAAAACUGGAACUUGAUUGCCGAGAAUCUUGAAGGAAGAUCAGGGAAAAGUUGCAGAUUAAGGUGGUUUAAUCAGCUAGAUCCAAGAAUUAACAGGAGGGCUUUCAGUGAGGAAGAAGAGGAAAGGCUCUUAGCUGCACAUAGGCUAUAUGGCAACAAAUGGGCCAUGAUUGCUAGGCUCUUCCCCGGCAGAACUGACAAUGCAGUCAAGAACCAUUGGCAUGUGAUCAUCGCUAGGAAACACAGAGAACACUCUAGCGUUUACAGGAGGAGAAAACCCUCUUCUUCUCAGAUCCUUUCCAAGGGCUUUGAUAUGAGUUUCGAAAACAAUGCCUGCAGUGAUUCAACCCACUCAAACACCAUGGAUGAAUCUGCUUCAACCUGCACUGAUCUCUCCCUCACGCCCUCUUCAAACAAAGUGGCCCUCAGUUUUUUCACCAACUUUGGAACAGUCCAGCAGCAGCAGCGACAAUCCUAUGGAUCACAGUUGGAUUGCUCUGGAGAUAAGGUGGUGACGGUGGGAGAUGGGGAUUUUGACAAGGUCUACGGCACUGGGAGUGGGUUCUGUAAGCAUGGGCCUACGGGAACAGUGGUGGGUGAGGCUCAAUCUGGUCAUUCAGAUUCAAACUCAGAAGUCUCUGCAGCAGAGUCAGUUGCCACCAAUAAUAAGACCGAUAUCUCAGUGUCUGGGGAAAAUGAAAAUAAGACUGAAAAAAUCAACAUGCGCUUCAUUGAUUUCCUUGGAGUGGGAGCUACUUAAAGAUAUGGCUUGGAGAGGCUGAAAACAGAGGAAAAGGGCAAAGAGUUUGUCAGACAGGGUUAGGCAUUGGAGCACCAAUUAGGUCUCUGUCUCUGAUGCACAAAAAGAGUGAGCAUGCGGGAGUCACAUCUACAAUCAAUGUACAGUUAGUUCCAGAUAAGGAGAAAAAUAUGGACUAGUACAGUAAAGAAGCUAAAAAGAAUAGGAAGGAGAGAGAGAGAGAGAGAGAGAGAGAGAGAGAGUUUUGAGCAGUUAUGAGUUUCAAAAUAAUUUCUAAACUCUGUUUUGGACUUAUUCAGCAUUUGUUAUUCUCUGUGAAUCUGAUGUUGUGGCAUUGCGUAUGUGAGGGAAGGCCAAAGUUGCUUCUCCUUCGUUACUGACUCAAUGAAUGCACCUGCCCAUCUUUCAUGACUUUUCAA